AUGGAUCCCUAUUAUGAACAAAGACUCAGAGACGAAGUCAUUUACCUCCACUCUCUCUGGCACCAAGGUCCCCCUAAUCGCCGAAACCCCAUUCCCAUUCCCUUUCCCAAUUCCACAAUCCGAGCCACCCCAAAUGGCGGAAACCCCCAAUUGCCGUACCCGAUCGCCUCCCAAGAAGGCCCCACCACCAAGAGGAAAACAAGAACCGAAAUUGAAUUGCCCAGCAGCAACAAGAAGCCCUCCCAACCUGACCUGCGUUCGGAAUGGCCGGGUCCGGCCUUGAACGAUGACUCAACCUCUGAGUGGCCCUCGUCUGGGUGGACAGUGACUUCAGCCAAGCUCAAUUUGGCUCCGGCGUCGGCAGAAGAGCAGUUGAGGCACCACGCGCUUCGGCUACACAACAAGGCCUUGGAGGCCUGCAGCGGAUUCUUUAAGGGCAAUGUCGGGUCGGGUAGUGGGUCCGAGUGUGAGGAGGAAGAAGAGGAUUGCAAGGUUGGAGAUGAGGAGAAUGAGGAGUACAAGUUGUUGUUGAAUUUGUUUGUGGAGGAGAGUGGGUUGAGGAGUUAUUACGAGGGGAAUUGGGAUAGUGGUGAUUUCUAUUGCUUGGUGUGUGGUGGGUUGGGGAAGACGAAGAAGAUCAAGGGUUGUACCGGGCUUGUUCAGCACGCGGUUUCGAUAAGCAAGACGAAGAAGAAGAGAGCUCACAGGGCUUUUGCUCAGGUUGUGUGUAGGGUUUUAGGGGUCAAUCAAGAUCUCAACACAGAGAAUAUAACAGUUCACAUGAAACAGCCUACCUAG